AUGGCGGAGCGCUCGUCCAAAAGUCGUCUAUCUUCAACAGUAGUCAUCCCUCGCUCAAAUCGACGGGAGAGAAGAGAAAGAAACCGAAGUCCAGAUGUUGAAAGCAGCAAAAACAGAACCAACAACAGAGAUUAUCAACAGCAUGAUGACAGAGUUAAUUCUCGCAGUGAAAGAACAACCAAUGAUUCCAUUAGCAAUGAGAACAGACCCAGAAGAAAUUGGCAAAAUGAUCAACUGGCAGUUAAAGAGAGACUGGGGCUUGUGCGAGAUCGAGAGAGACRGCGACAGCCAAGAAUGAUUGAAAUAAACACAGAUCCACGUGAUGUUCCUAGAGGAAAUCGGUAUUUUGAGCAUGAUGAUCGUGAGUCAGCUUACGGUAAUCAAAAGUUCAACAACAUCARCAGAAGAAGAUCAUUUCCCAGGCAAAGAUCUCGUAGUCCAGUUUGGAAGCAUGACCAUUUUGAAGACGAACAAAGAAGAAACAGAUCGCAACGUCCACGGCAACCAUGGAGGCAGAGGGAAGGAAGCCCGGCUUGGAAGCAUGAUAGAUUUAGAGAGCUUGAAAACGAUGACAAACAGCAAAGACCACGUCAAUCUUCUUGGAGGCAGCGGGAACGAAGCCCUCUAACGUGGAAGCAUGAUAAGUUUAAAGAGCUUGAAAAUGAAGAUAAAGAGACACAGGAAGCAAAAGAUGAAACAGAUAAACACCAAAAAAGAAGAAGAAAGUCUUCAUAGAUUAGAUUACAAACAUUUAGCACAUACAUGCUUUGACUGUCAACUUAGAUUUUAUAACAAAAAUAGAAAAAUUGUUGGUCUUA